CCUGAAAGACGCAAUUGCGAUUUCAAAGCAAAAGUUCGUGCUUGUUCCAUUUCAUUGGUCUAAUUACCUCUUUCUUAGGUAAAAUAACGGAAAGGGUGGGUUUUUCUUAUCGUGUAAGUGAAUGGCUUCCAGUCCAUUCUACACGAUCGAUAUUUGUAAAAAAUAAUAAUAAUAAUUACUAUGAAGCUCUCUUCGUCCCCUCUUCUACUUCCAAGCAUAUGAUGCUGAAAUAUCUACACGGUAUCCCAUUUCGUUCCUUUGCCGCGAGUACUAGUUUUAUCUUUUUCGGCGUCGCUGCCGGGUCGUAUUAUCAUCGUAACCAGCGAGAACAGUCAUUUUAUAUAAGCAGGUAUAUUCCUGCUGCUACGGGAGACAAGAUGGUGGUUUCUAAUCAGGCCAAGACUCCUUUUCAGACGUUAUUCGCUGUGCCGAUGACCUGUGACGGAUGUGUCAAAGAUGUUUCCGAUGCGCUAUAUAAACUCGGAGGUAUCACUAAAGUCGAGGCCGACUUAGAGAAGCAGCUUAUAUCGGUGGAGGGAACUGCUGCUCCGUCCGCGAUUGUUAGCGCCAUUGAAGCUACUGGUCGAGAUGCUAUUUUAAGGGGGUCUGGUGCUUCUAAUAGCGCAGCCGUAUGUAUCCUCGAGACGUAUCACCGAAAUGAGAAGGGUGGUGAUGCGUUGGUGCCUGCUUCGGCUCCAGAGGCCGAUACGGACGGAUCCAGAGCAAAGGACAGGGAAGUCAGAGGCUUAGCCCGCAUGGUCCAAGUUUCUCCUACGAUAACUUUGGUGGAUCUGACCGUUCGUGGCGUCGAGCCUGGUACAUACUCGGCUACUAUACGGGAGUACGGCGACCUCAAGCUUGGCGCCACGUCUACGGGCCCGGUGUGGGCAGGCGGGAGUGGUACAACUCAACCCCGGGGGAUCUUAGGUACUGUGCAGGUCGGAAAGGAUGGUCGGGGUGCAGUGUUCUUUGACCAUCCCUUCCAGGUGUGGGAGGUGAUUGGACAUGCGAUGGUUGUUUCCAACCAGAAGGAAGGGGUCACGGAAGCAAAUCUGAAAAAUAACGAGAAUACCGUGGUAGGUGUUAUUGCGAGAAGUGCCGGCAUGUGGGAUAAUGAUAAGACGGUAUGCUCAUGUACCGGCAAGACACUUUGGGAGGAAAGAAGGGAUGAAGUAAAGAAAGGUAUGCUCUAAGACUUGAAUGAUGAAUUGGUUCCAUACAGGUUUUGGAACUGGCAACGUGUAUUGAAGUAAGGAUUGCCCAUAAAGGUUAUUGGUACCCAAUAGACACUGUUGAUACAUAGAAAGAAGUCAAGUUUGG